GAACAAAGGUGGAUGACUAUGCACACGCUGUGUGCCUUCAUUAUUCUUCUCUUCCUCCCCCAAACUUUUUCCUCGGAUUGCUCUCUAACUCAAAGGGAUUUUACCAGAAAUGAUUUAACUUUUAUCGACGUUCCGAGGUCGAAAGUUCAAGAUCGAACAGCAACGCUUUGCAGUGAAAAAAGGCAAUUGUCUUGUUGUAAUAAGCAGGUGGAGGAAAAAUAUAAAAACUAUGCCGCAUUAACGCUGGAGGAUAUUAUUAAAAAUAAUACGGACAGUAGUUCGAGCUGGUUUAAAAAGGCUCUUCAACAAUUUGACGACAUUAUUCUUGCAACUUUUGAAGAAUCAAAAGACCGUUUAAAGAAGAGCUUACACAAGGUUUUCAACAUUCCUAAAUCGUCGGAUGCUGUUGUUAAUAAGUUCUACUCGAAUAUUAAUGAAUAUUCAAAACCAAAAUUUACUGUUAACACGGAAGAAUUGUUUUCCGACCUGUUUGUUCUUGUUCUGCAGAAUGUAAUGAAUUUGGAAAAAUUUGAACACAAAUUUUCCAACUGCGUAAGAAAUAUAAGAACAGUUCAGGGUAAACCUUUUCGCCCUUAUGGUCGGUUAGAUAAAGAAGCUUCGUCAACGAUGCACAGGAGUUUGGCAACUUUACAAAGUGUUCGAAAAGUUAUGACUAAGUUAAAUGAAUAUUAUGAUCUAUUACGCUCUGCUCCUGAAAAACUUGAAUACUGUAAGAAGGGUAUGACUCAAGUUCGCUACUGCGCUAGAUGCCACGAUAUAGAAAAGAGACCUUGUCUAAACGCUUGUUUAACUAUGGCUCGUAACUGCUUAAAUCCUAGCGAAAAGUAUAAAAAAGUAUAUCCAAAAGGAUUGGAAGCAUUACGACUUUUCACGACUAAAGCAGGAUUAAUUCAAGCAAGCAUAGUAGAAUUUGAUAAGAAAGUUGGCGAUGCUAUACUGAAUGUAAUGGACUCUUCUAGCAAGUUGUACGUGACAAUCAAAAGAGAAUGUGGAGCGUCAAAGGCAAAAGAAAAAUCGAAGAUUAAAUCAGAUUUAAACCAAACUGAUGUUGUUGUUAGAUCUGCACCUCAAUUAAAAAUAUUCUUCAAAGAUGCUUUACGCAGAAUUAAAGCAGAUUCAGACAAAACUAGCAACCUUCCUGAAGCUAUUUGUAGGAGCUACGAUGCUGUUUCUACUGGUCAUUGCUGGGAUGGAAGAAAAGUAUCAAAGAAAAAUGGAAUUGGUUUGAAAUUGCAAAAUGGAGAAGAUCAUCUUGAACAAUUCACGAUUGAUAAGAAAUUAAGAAUCACCAAUAAGAUCAUCAGAUCGGCCAUGCAACAUCUGGGUAAUCUUCCCACAUCUUAUCAAAGAGACGAUUAUAGGAGUAACAAUUUCGAUUCAAGCGGUUAUGACUUUUCUGGAGGCUAUUAUAGCGACGACGAAGAUGAGCAAUUCUAUUCUGGCGAUCAUAACAGUCAGCAUGACUUAUUUUUUCGCGAAAAUAGGAAUGGCAACGACUAUUAUAAAGAGCAUGAUGCCAACUAUAAUCAUCUUGACAAGCACAAGCCUCACCAUAAAGAUAGUGAGAAUGAAUCUAAGAGACCUUCAAGUGAUGAAUUCUAUUCACUAGGUGGAAAUGGAUCGAAUGGUUUAUUACAUUCAAAGGCUACGCUUUGUCUUACCUUUAUUUGCUUUUUAUUAAACAUAAUUCGUAAUUUAUAGUUAAGUUCUCCUUUAUAUUUCUAUACUAU